ACUUCCCAGUAGAAACAAUAUUUAUUUGGUGAAAAGGGAACUGUGAUUUUUUAAUCUUUUAGUUACAGUGUGAACUUGAUCACUAUUUAAUGACCUGCAUGAUAUACAGGAUUAAUAAACAGAUUCUCUGAGCCUGUGCAAAUUUAGACGUCCUGACAUGACUACCAGUAUACUCCUAUUGAUUCUUCUCGGUGCCCCUGCCAGCAUGUUUAUCUCAAAGGAGAAACAGCUGUGCAGGUGGGAGUGCAUGAACCUAGCUCUGCAAUGGCCAGGAACCUUCUGUGUGGUGAGAGAAAGAGCGUGAAGGACAUCCCAGGCUGUGUGGUGCCACAACAUGUUCAGAACUGGACCAUCCAUGGGUUAUGGCCGAUGCACGUUGACAAAUGUUGCGAAUGUUGGCCCAUUUUCAACUCCGAUCUUGAGGAACUCGAGCCUGAACUCUCCCAGCUAUGGCCAUCACUGAUCAAGGGAAGAAACUUCACGUUUUGGAGAAAUGAAUGGAUCAAACACGGUUCCUGCGCAGCCUGCAAGGAAGGCAUGAACUCCCCGACACGGUACUUUCAGACAUCACUCAAGCUGCGCAGACAUUUCAACAUUGAUGAAAUCUUGAAGAAUUCAGGUAUCGAACCUUCCUGCAUUAACUCUUACAAGAGCGAUGACUUCCGUAAGGCACUGGCUCCGAUUCUGAGCGAUCUGCAUGAGAUCCAGUGUGUGAGAGAUGACGAAGAGCGAGAAGUUUUGGUCCAAGUGAAGAUACCCCUUUACCAGAAUUUCACACUGGGAUGUCACCAGAAAGACCAGGAGGGCUUCGUAAUCUCUUCCCCACCCUUGGUCAAAUCUCCUUUACGUCCUUGUCCCACAAACUCUCCCAUCUUCUAUUUUCCCAUCAAGCACGAAGAUCCGUAUCAUCCAUGUGCCUGAAUGCACGCCACGCACAAAGUUCAGAUAUUCAGUUGAAUGUGACUGAGAUAUUCCAACAUUUUACUGUUCAUUAAUGCUGUUUUUAGUUCAAAUAUAAAAACUCUCUACUGAUAGUGUGUAGAAAUAAAUCCCACUGAAAACUGAUGCAUUUGACUAUUUAUUGGCAUGGAAUUUCACACUGAAAAUAGUCGGCUCUAAAAACAGAGGGCCCAGGGGUGGGACAUUUUACGGUUCAACACAAUAAAAAAAAUUAAACUAUG